CGAACCUAGCCUCCUGGUGGAAACAAACAAGAAGUGUCAACCAUUUACAUCUUCGACGCAAUUCAAUGGGGUGUUCUGUAUGAUAUCGUAUGAUAUCUCACGAAGUACUCGUCUAGCCUUUGAUAUUUACUUGCACCAUGGCUCAAACGAACUCUCCCAACCCACCCAUCCCCAAUGUAGAAAACCCUCGAUUCACACUUGAGCUCGAAUUCGUCCUCUCCCUCGCGAACCCUCAUUACAUCUCGCACCUAGCCGUCGCAUAUCCUCACCUCCUUGGGGUGUCUUCCACCUCUUCCGCAUCAUCUCGCGCCGCUGGCGAUAAUUCCCCGUCUUCUCCUACCUCCGAUGCCCAAGCAUUCGCCGCCUACCUCGCCUAUCUAUACUCGUACUGGAAACGCCCUGAGUAUGUACAGUUUCUAACACAUCCAGGCGCGACGUUACGGGCACUGCGGCUGCUGCAGGACGAGUCUUUCCGGCAGGCUGUAAUUCGUCCACAGGUGAUCGAGGCGCUGUUGGGUGCUGGAGGGGACACGCAUGGGGGGGACACUGGGGGGGCUGGAGAGAAUGAUAAUGAGAAAGCCGCGCAGAAUGAGCCUGACGCCGCGAAAUUGACUGGUUCUGGUGGUCUUGAGGGCAGAAAUGGGAUUGGAACUUGAAAGCAAAACAGGCUAUGAGCAGCCUUUUCUCUUCUAUUAUUCCCUGUCAUGGAGGUUUGAUCUCAGUGGGAUAUAUCCUGCGUCACAUGCAGCUUAUGCCGAGAUGUUAUAGUAAAUCGUUGGAGCAAUAGUGGGCGAAAAAGCGAAGAAGAACCUGCCAACCUCUAACUAUGUAUGUACAGUACAUGCGCAUGGACUGUACAUGUAUUAAAAUUAGUUAUGGUGUUGCUAGCGAUAUGCCUGCCUGACUGAUUGGGCCAUAGCAACGCGAUAUCUAAUGCUGGGCAAUCCUCCCCACCUCGAUGACCAUCUACGAAAACGCCCAAGGCCUUUGCUGGAUUCACGAGCCUCGUGCACGGAUUUGACGAGGCAAGCAAGGUCCACUAGAUCAGACGGGGUUCAACCAGUUGAAUAUACGACCGACAACACAAGCCUACGGUGCACAGCAAAGGAAAAGAUAAAAAAUUUCCAUUUGUGGCACCUUUUGGUUUUGUUCGUGUCGCCUUUACCCGACAACUCGACAAAGACAUCAAUCCGCAGCCCGCCGGUCGCCGGAUAACACGAUACCAAUUGCCCCAAGUCUUGGUAUAUCAACUUUUUCACAUUCGAUGCCCUUGCGCAAACAGUGCCAUCUCUAGCCGAUCCGGCACUUCCAUCGUCACCCCUCCAUCCUUGCCAUCCGGGGUAAAUUCAGUCUGAAUGAUCAGCCUAAAACGGGGAAAUUUCACCCAAUAAUCCUUGCUCGGCCAGUCGGAAAUUGAAAUUGGGCCAGGCGAGAGCUGUGAAACCAAGAUCAAGUUCACCAAUAGGGACGGGCUUUGGACUGCUGGGAAAACGCGCCCACACCAAGCAGAGGUUCCGAGCAAGAUUUUAUGUCACUCUGUGUAUACCUGUUCUAUCUCUCAUGCUUGGAAUUCGAACUAUUAGACAGUUUCGUAUUUUAUUCUACCGAUAUCAACUGAAAUCUAUAGCGAACAGUGGUUUUUUAGAAGUGGACGGUGUGUGUUUUAAGCUCCGUAAAACAGUUCAGUUCCCCAGAGUGGGGGAGACGACGUCAACACAAGUUCGUGGGGUAAUAAUGGAUUUAUGCAAGGAAGCGCUGGUUCCCAAGGUUUGACGCGGAUAGCUAGCCGACCAUUCCGUCAGAUAUACCAAGUACAACUGAGAGGACGCGAUAAGAGCCGGUCACUUGAGUUCGUUGCAGAUAACUUCCUUAUAUUUAUUCGCGGCGUGGCUACCUUUUUUUCAUCACUUGUUGCAGAGGGUGUAUGUAUUUGUUUGUAACAGUACAAUACAGUACAGUACAGCUCUGUGAGGAUGCACGGUAAAUGUGUCAUUAAUUUAUUAGUUAACUGUGUAAAUACUACAAUGUGAAAUACAAAGUGUUUCAAUUUGCACUCAAUUUGAAAGAGUUAUUAAUAUUUUCCAAUCUCCUUUGCCUCUGUUGGCCUUUAU